AGAAUCGUAAAACCUGGGCUUGAGAUCUGAUUAUUACCAAGAACAAAAACUGAAAAAACAAGACUUCCUUCAUUGCAGUUUUAAAAGCUAUUCUACUCCCGACGAUUCUCAGUGGUUGAACUCGUGAUGUAGGUUGGACAGGUUGUGGACUGAGUUGUGAAAAUCAAAUUAUAUCGCCGUUGUUUUCAUGGAAACUGAGGAAGAUAAAUUAGCCCUCACAGCCGAAGACGGCGAUCCAGAUGAGGAUUUAUCCAAAGAUUCUAAACAAGGAGGUAAACUGACCUACACAGUGGAAGAGGCGAUUGACAAGCUUGGCUAUGGACCUUUUCAAGUAAAACUUAUGUUUGUGAUUGGAUUGGCUUGGAUGGCGGACUCUAUGGAAGUGACAAUCCUGGCGAUUGUAUGUCCCGCUAUAAGAUGUGACUGGAAUUUAGCUACUUGGCAAGAAGCUACCAUUACUACGGAAGUCCUUGCUUGUACUAUCGUCGUUUUUGCUGGCGGACUCCUGAGUACGUUUGCGUCGAACUACUUUUGGAUCAUGGCGUUCAGUACCGUAGUUGGACUGGGUAUGGGGGGCGUGGCACAAUGUAUGAAUCUUUGGGCAGAGUUUCUUCCAAGCAAGCGAAGAGGAGUUCUGCUAAACGCCUUAUCGUUAUCCUGGUCCCUUGGAUCUUGUUUGGAAAUUCUCGUCGCGCUUGUAGUGAUGCCCACCCUAGGCUGGAGAUGGCUGUUUUUUAUCUCAUGUCUACCUUUGCUUCUUUUCAUAUGCUGUAGUACGCUCGUCCCAGAAUCUCCUCGAUUCUAUAUGGCUGCAGGCAAGCCAGAAAAAGCUUUGUGCAUUUUGCAAAAGAUUGCUAAAGAAAAUAAUAAGGAGUUGCCUCCGGGAGAACUAAUCGCCACAGAACAACACGAGGUUGCACGAGGAAGGAUAAUAGAUCUAUUUUCUCCUGCAUUUCGAAGAUCUACUAUUUUGUUGUGGAUUAUCUGGAUUAGUGUUUAUAUUUUUCAUGGUGGACAAAAUAGGUAGGAAAAUGGUUCAAUUCGUGGCUUUCUUGGGGAGUGCAAUUUUUCUAGCAGCCUUGUUCAUUUGCACAAGAAGUCGUUCAUCGACAACGCUAUUUUUGUACGCCUCCCGAAUGUUCAUCAGCAUUGCUGACAUGUGCGGCUAUGUAUACACACCGGAGGUGUAUCCCACGAGCAUGCGCGGUAUCGGAUUGGGCGCAUGCUCAGGUGCGGCGAGGAUCGGCUGUAUGAUAACUCCAUUUGUUGCCAUGGUUCUAAUGCCACACUCCAUUCUACUAUCACUCAGUUUCUACAGCGGUUUUUCUGUUCUGGGCGUAGUCACUGUGCUUCUUCUACCAAUCGAGACCAAGGGACGGGCUUUACAGGAUUCUUGACAAGAAUAUAUUUGGCUAAUGUAGCAAGAAAAGGAAGUGACAACUUAGCUUAACAUUAGGUGUCAAUAGGUGUACUGUUUCAAUGUCAACAAUUCUGCGCAAGAUUCAGUUUGCAACCGUGGCACUUAUUCAACAAAUCAUGAGACAAUAACAUCUGCUAUGAAUGAAGGACAUUACAUCGUGAUACGCUGGUAGCUUUUUUGCUGUUUCUUCUCAAUUGAAAAGAAAAGAAAAGUGUACGCUAUUUGUACAUACGAUAGAAACAGAGCUGUGUUGAUAUCGAGUUCGAUAAAGUACAAAGUCGCUCUUUUAUCUCAUGUUUUGUUGACCAACCAUGCAUCUCAUUGUAAUAUGGUGUUUCAAGGUGAAAAAGGUAAAAUCUGUAUUUUCUCAUCAAAAUUCCAAAUUUUUUUGCACGAUGUAAAGUUGGCUGAUAUC